UACGGCAUCAUUGUACAUAGCUCCACGUCAAACGAAACGCGAAUUAGCUCAGAAGCCGCCUUGCACGAUAGAAAAAAUUAAUUCUUGUUGAUUUUAAUAAGCCUCUAUCGCACAGUAUCCAUUAAAUUUGAUUAAAAUGGUGAGUUUAAUCAACACGGUAGACACCGGACAUGAGGAUAUGAUCCACAAUGCUGUGCUGGACUACUACGGCUUGCAUUUGGCAACUUGCUCAUCGGACGGAUCUGUAAAGGUGUUCGAUGUGAAGAACGGAAAUCAAAUUCUAGUUGCUGACCUCAAGGGUCAUCAAGGGCCUGUGUGGCAAGUGGCAUGGGCACAUCCCAAGUUCGGUAAUCUAUUGGCCUCCUGCUCAUAUGAUCGCAAGGUUAUCGUAUGGAAAGAGGGUGCUUCAAAUGAGUGGACAAAAUUCUAUGAGUACAACAAUCACGAUUCCUCCGUUAAUUCGGUAGCUUUUGCGCCUGCUGAAUAUGGUUUGAUACUAGCUUGUGGCAGUUCGGAUGGUUCGAUAUCCAUACUAACAUGCAACAUAGAAUAUGGCGUUUGGGAUAGCAAGAAAAUCUCCAAUGCACAUACCAUCGGUUGUAAUGCCAUUUCGUGGUGCUCUUCAACUGUACCAGAACCAGCAUUCGACCAACGUGCUUCAACGCGAAACACUGCUGUUAAGCGUCUUGCCAGUGCUGGCUGCGAUAAUUGUGUGAAAAUAUGGCGUGAAGAACCCGAUCGUUGGGUGGAGGAAAAUCGGCUUGAGGGACACUCUGACUGGGUGCGUGACGUAGCUUGGGCGCCAUCAAUCGGGCUGGCCCGUUCACAAAUCGCUUCGGCGUCACAGGAUCGUCAUGUGAUUAUCUGGAAUAGCACUGACUUAACAACAUGGUCAUCGACCAUAUUGCAUAUUUUUGAUGAUGUAGUUUGGAGUGUGAGCUGGUCAAUGACCGGAAAUAUUUUAGCCGUUACUGGUGGUGACAAUAAAGUGACACUGUGGAAGGAAAACAACGAGAAUCAAUGGAUGUGCAUCAACGACGAUGCCGCCGCUACAAAUGCACAAACAAACGAACAGCGUACGCUGUAAAAAUAAAUGCUAACCUAAGUGAAAAGUCUAUGGUAAUGUGAAAAUGACAAUUCUAAAUUUGCCAGAAGACAAAAAUAUAAAUAUAAAACGUUCAUACAUACAUACAUAUAAUAGCUAGAAAUCUGUGCUGCUGCAAACUGAUAAAAAUAUGUAAAGAAUUUAUAUUUAAAAUUUCUCUAUGAACUUUCUGUUUGCUGUUUCAUAUUGCCAUAGAUAUUUUCCAUGUUUUUGAUUUGAUGUUAAUUUGAAACUGAUAAAAUGGUUUAGAGAUAAGAAACUAAGUCUUGCGCAGAGUAGUCUCGUAUUAAUGUUUAUGUUCUUCUAUUCCCGUAUAUACAUACAUAAAUAAAUAGACAUACAUA